UGUCAGCCCGCGGCGGGGCUCCGCUCGGCUCGGCUCCGCUCGUCUCGGUGCGGCUCGGUGCAGCGCGGGGAUGGCGGUGCCGGAGCCGGACGCGCGGCUGGCGCAGGAGAAGGAGGAGGAGAGCGAGGAGGAGAGCGAGAUCCUGGAGGAGAGCCCCUGCGGGCGCUGGCAGAAGCGCCGCGAGCAGGUGAAUCAGGGAAACAUGCCGGGCAUCCAGAGCACCUUCCUUGCCAUGGACACAGAGGAGGGUGUGGAGGUGGUGUGGAAUGAGCUGCUUUUCACUGACAAGAAGGCCUUUAAAGCACAUGAGGAGAAGAUCAAGACCAUGUUUGAGCAGCUGGUGCUUGUGGAUCACCACAUUGUGAAGCUUCACAAAUACUGGCUGGAUGUGAAGGACUCGAAGGCGCGGGUCAUCUUCAUCACAGAAUAUGUGUCCUCAGGGAGCCUGAAACAGUUCCUGAAGAAAACCAAGAAAAACCACAAGGCCAUGAAUGCCAGGGCCUGGAAACGCUGGUGCACUCAGAUCCUGUCUGCUCUCAGCUUCCUGCACUCCUGUGAGCCUCCAAUCAUCCAUGGCAAUCUCACCAGUGACACUAUCUUCAUCCAGCACAACGGGCUCAUAAAGAUUGGUUCAGUUUGGCACAGAGUGUUUGCAAAUGCCCUUCCAGACGACCUGCGAAGCCCCAUCAGGAUUGAGAGGGAAGAGCUGCGCAAUUUGCAUUUCUUUCCCCCGGAGUAUGGCCAAAAGGCUGAUGGGACUGCUGUGGACAUCUUCUCCUUUGGGAUGUGUGCACUGGAGAUGGCAGUGUUGGAGAUCCAGACCAACGGGGACACACGAGUCUCGGAGGAGGCAAUCGUGCGGGCACGACAUUCUCUGGACGAUCCCAACAUGCGGGAGUUCAUUCUGUCAUGCUUGACCCUCAACCCAGACAAGCGACCGACGGCUAACAACCUGCUCUUCCACCGCGUGCUUUUUGAGGUCCAUUCCCUUAAGCUGCUGGCAGCACAUUGCUUCAUCAACAACCAGUAUCUGAUGCCGGAGAAUGUGGUGGAGGAGAAGAUAAAGGAACUGGACCUGAACAUGGUGAUGGCAGAGAUCCGGCGAGAGGGUCGGCCUGGAGCACAGUGGAGGUACUCAGAGGUUUCCUUCCUUGAACUUGACAAAUUCUUAGAAGAUGUCAGGAAUGGGAUUUAUCCUCUGAUGAACUUCGCUGUUUCCAGACCCCAUGCCCUCCCACGCGCACUAUCCCAGCCCCAGGAGGACACUCAGAAAGCCAAGACCCCCACCCCAGAGCCCUUUGAUGUGGAGACUAGGAAGGUGGUGCAAAUGCAAUGUAACAUGGAGCUGAAUGAAGACAAGACCCAGUGGCAUCUCACUCUUCUGCUGAUUUUGGAGGACAAAUUGCAUCGACAGUUGAGCUACGACUUGCUGCCCACUGAUAACUCCAAGGACUUGGCCACAGAGCUGGUGCAUUACGGAUUCAUCCACGAGGAUGACUGUGAAAAGCUGGCUAACUUCCUGGAAAAUGCCUUCCACAAAUACCGGUCUCCUCCCUUGUGAGUCACUUUGCUGCAGUCCGGGACAGCAGGGUCUCCUGUGCCACAGGGACAGGCAGCACACCAGACGAGAAGGCU